AUGGCGGAUGAUGAAGAACCACCGAUGGCUGUUCAAAUCCAACCGGAAAUUUCUGUCGGCAAGAAUCUCUCCGUGGAGGAAUCAAGCGACGCUGUUUCCGUUGGUGUCACUGUCAUCACUGGUUAUCUCGGCGCCGGAAAGUCCACCCUGGUGAGCUAUAUUCUGAACGGGAAACACGGGAAGAGAAUCGCGGUGAUAUUGAAUGAGUUUGGGGAAGAGAUUGGAGUAGAGAGGGCAAUGAUAAACGAAGGAGAAGGAGGCGCCCUUGUUGAAGAAUGGGUCGAGCUCGCUAAUGGCUGUGUUUGCUGCACUGUUAAGCAUAGCCUUGUUCAAGCCCUCGAGCAGCUUGUACAGAGAAAAGACAGGCUUGAUCAUAUAUUGCUGGAGACGACAGGUUUAGCAAAUCCUGCUCCACUGGCUUCUAUUCUUUGGUUGGAUGACCAGUUAGAAUCAGAAGUCAAGCUUGACUGCAUUGUUACUGUCGUGGAUGCAAAGAACCUUCGUUUUCAGCUCAAUGAGCGCCGUGACUCAUCCUCAUUUCCCGAGGCUUUUAAUCAGAUAGCAUUUGCGGAUACGAUCAUAAUGAACAAGGUUGACUUGAUUUCUCAAGAGGAAUCUGAUGAACUGGAGAAGGAAAUCCAUUCCAUCAACUCCCUCGCCAAUGUUAUCCGCUCCGUUAGGUGCCAAGUUGAUUUGUCCAAUAUAUUAAACUGCCAGGCGUAUGAUUCAGCCGUUAAGUCUCAUGAACUUCUCUUCUCUAUCCAUGUUAGUCGUCUGGAAUCCCUGCUAGAAGCAAAUAAAUCAUUAACAACAACGGAUCUUCAUGAUAGUGGAGUGAGGACUCUAUGCAUCAGUGAACCUCAACCUUUGAACCUUGACAAGGUUCGUUUGUGGCUUGAGGAAAUUCUGUGGGAUAAAAGGUUGGAGAUGGAUGUAUAUCGUUGCAAGGCUGUGUUGAGCAUUCAAAACUCAGACCAGCUGCACAUUUUGCAGGCUGUUAAAGAGAUAUAUGAGAUAGUUCCAGUGCGAAAAUGGAGUGAAGAAGAGAAUCGAAUGAACAAAACAGUAUUUAUAGGAUACAAUCUGGACGAAGAAGCUCUUAAAAGCGGAUUAAGAGUCUGCAGAACCUGA